GUUGCAGUCGCACGCACGGUAGCAGAGCUCUGUAGCAGGGGGGUUGAGUUUACUGGACACUCCUACAGCCGAACACAAUUUACAGCAGUCGGACACGGUUAAAUCCUAAAUUUACAACGGGAACAGCCUGCAGAUUUAAUUAACUAUGCAGAGUGUUUGGCCCUUCCUUGCUGCUGCUUUUUGUGCAGUGUCAUUCUCUGCAAUGUCUGCCUAUCCGAAACAUAUAGUCCAUGGCAAUCAGCUGACCCUGGAGCUUCCAGAAAGGACAGAUAAACUGGAGUUUGCUUCUGCUGAUGAGAGUGAACAUUAUAUCAUCUGGGAACACAGAUUAUUAGGUUGGCACAAUAAAGCCAAAAAAGGACACGUGACCUCUGCCAAUAAUGGCUGGAAAUUCAAAAUCCAACAUGUUACGUUUGACGAUGAGGGGACCUAUAUCCUGCGCAAUAACUUUGGCUCAACCAUCACCAGUUAUACAGUGAGGGUCAAGACCAACAACGAAACCAUUGAGCGUAUUGCUGGAGAAACUCUGAAAAUACCACUGGGAGGACUCAGAUUGUCUAAUGUCACGCUUCGCUUUUACGACAACGAUUCAAGCAUCACCCUGGUGGAGAAUGGAGUUCCUGUAGGCAAAAACUACCGCGACUACUAUAACCGGCUAAAAGUGUACAUGGAAUCGAUUGAGAUUGUCAACGUCAACAUAUCAGACUUGGGUAGAUACGAGCUCACCGAUAAGAAAGACAGACUGGUCUCAAACAAUACAAUGAUACUAGUUGAUCAUCAUCCAUUUACUCCUAAUAUGGGUCUAUUAGCCAUUCUGCUGAUAGGUGUUCCUGGUGGAAUCUGCUAUUGCUGCAGAAGAAGAAUGUGCAAAAGGUGCCAGACCUCCAAAUCAUACACUCACAGCGCCAACUCCCCUAAUUCUGAUCCAGUGUCUAUACCUUGCACUGCGAUUGAUCCAAGCAUUAAUCCUGGAGGUAUGCCUCAAAACCCUCUCUAUCCUGCUCUACCUGAACCCGGAUUUUCCCCGGGUCAUCCUUCUAAUUGGAAUCAACCUGCUCCACCAUACCACCCAUAUCCACAAGAGGGCUAUAAUCCUGGGAAUGUGCCUCAAAACCCUGCCUAUCCACCUCAAUCUGGACCCACUCAUCCUCCCCAGUGGAAUGACCCUGCCUCCCAGUACAACCCAUAUCCAAAUGAGGGCUUUAAUCCUGGGAAUGUGCCUCAAAACCCGGUCUAUCCACCUCAAGCUGGACCCACUUAUGCUGGACCCACUUAUACUGAACCUGCCUCCCAAUACAACCCGUCUGCAGCUGUGAACUAUUCUUCACUUGGGCCUGAAUCCGCAGGGAUGACUACGAAUGAUGCGCCUCAAACUGCGCCCCUGCUUACACCCCAGCCUGAGGCUCACAGGUCUCCUCUGGACAAUCUUUCAGUGAAUAUGCUCAGCAAUAGCGACUCUGGAGUCCAGUUUGACAUCAACAAAGGAAAGUCUACAGGCAGCAACUUCCUGUAGUUCCUACAAAAUGCUGGAUUAUACUCGUAAGGGAAGCAGAAAACAAAACAUUUUAUUGUCACUCUCUUUUGGCUUAUUUUAAUAGUAGGAAAGCAGAAGUUAUAUAAUACCAAAGAUGGAAAGAUCAUCAUUACAACCUCCUACCUCCAUAUUUGCAGGUGAAACGUCUUUAUAUUAUGAUCACAUACUACAAGAAGUUGUGAAUGGGCUUCCAGUGACACUCAUAGCUGACAGGUGUGAGUAUAGUGGACAACAAAGCAAUAUCCAUAGACAAACAGAAAAGAUCAAUCUUCAAUAGGGACAUCCACAAAUCGAAUAAUAAAAUAAAGUCUGUAGAAAAUAAAAGAAGAUAUUUGGGAAAUGUGUUUUUCUCCAUACAGUGGAGAUCACAGUACUGUCUGGUUAACAAUAUUCUUUAAAAUUAGUUCUUCUGCUAUUAACAGACUAACAAAAUGCAUGCACGUUUGAUAAAACAUGACAAAUAUCAGCAUUUCCCCUUAUUAUUUUAGGACUUAACUAUCCCUUUAAGGUAACACUGAGCUGCUAUUUUUUAAAUUUCUCCAUGGGUCAGUCCUAACCCUUUAUCAGAGGGACCUAUUAAGGGGUUAAAGGGACUUUUGUGUAGAACUAUGUGUAAUAAAAAUAAAUAUAAAAGUCUUAAUAAUAUUAAGACUGUAAUUUAGGAUGUUGCUGUUUUUGUGCAUGUCGUUUUUUAGUUCUCUUAACACCACUGUAUAUUAUUGAAUUACCUCUUGUUUCUUGAGAGGCAAACAAAACAAGUAUUUAUCGUUGUAUUUACUUACUGUUAAAAUAGUAAAGGAAACUAAUUGUUAUAUAUCAUAAAGACAGUUUUCCUCUUUAAAUAAAUGAAGAGUUCAUUUGCAAAAACAGGUAACUCCAUAUUUAUUCAUGCUCAUUAGGAUGUAUAUAUUGCAUAUUAACCCUUCUUGUAUACAUACAUGUAUCUUCAGCAAUUAUGUUAACACAUAGGACAGACAUACACUCACUGCCUACUUUAUUAGGUACACCUGUCCAACUGCAAAUUUAGGCAACACAUUUAGGCAUGUAGACAUGGUCAAGAGGAUCUGCUGCAGUUUAAAUCGAGCAUCAGAAUUGGGAAGAAAGGUGACUAUUUAAGUGACUUUGAACGUGGCAUGGUUGUUGGUGCUAGACGGGCUGGUCUGGGUAUUUCAGAAACUGCUGAUCUACUGGGAUUUCCACGCACAACCACCUCUAGAGUUUACAGAGAAUGGUCUGAUAAAGAGAAAAUAUCCAGUGAGCAGCAAUUCUGUGGGCACAAAUGCCUUGUUGAUGCCAGAGGUCAGAGGAGAAUGGUCAGACUGGUUCGAGCUGAUAGAAAUGCAACAGUAACUCAAAUAACCACUAAUUACAACCGAGGUCUGAUGAAGAGCAUCUCUGAAUGCACAUGUUGAACCUUGAGGCAGAUGGGCUACAGCAGCAGAAGACCACAUCAGGUGCCACUCCUGUCAGCCAAGAACAGGACACUGAGGCUACAAUUCGCACUGGCUUACCAAAAUUGAUUGGACAAUAGAAGAUUGGAAAUACGUUGCCUGGUCUGAUGAGUCUCGAUUUCUGCUGCGACAUUUGGAUGGUAGUGUCAGAAUUUGGUGUCAACAACAUGAAAGCAUGGAUCCAUCCUACCUUGUAUCAACAGUUCAGGCUGCUGGUGGUGGUGUAAUGGUGUGGGGGAUAUUUUCUUGGCACACUUUGAGCCCAUUAGUACCAAUUAAGCAUUGUGUCAACGCCACAGCCAACCUGAGUAUUGUUGCUGGCCAUGUCCAUCCCUUUAUGGCCACAGUGUACUCAUCUUCUGAUGGCUACUUCCAGCAGGAUAACGCACCAUGUCAUAAAGCAUGAAUCAUCUCAGACUGGUUUCUUGAACAUGACAAUGAGUUCACUGUACUCAAAUGGCCUACACAGUCAGCAGAUCUCAAUCCAGUAGAGCACCUUUGGAAUGUGGUGGAAUGGGAGAUUCGCAUCAUGGAUGUGCAGCCGACAAAUCUGCAGCAACUGUGUGAUGCUAUCAUGUCAAUAUAGAGCAAAAUCUCUGAAGAAUAUUUCCAGUACCUUGUUGAAUCUAAGGAUUAAGGCAGUUCUAAAGGCAAAAGGAGGUCCAACCCGGUAGUAGUAAGGUGUACCAUAUAAAGUGGCUGGUGAGUGUAAUUGUUAAUGCAUGAAAGUAAAUAAAAUGUACUGUUUCAGGGAAUUUUCUUAGCUACCACAAAUAGCAUGACCGUAGCUGCAUUUAAGCAUUUUAUUACAUUUUGCUGGAAUAAAUUUAAAAAUGCUGCAAACGACUCAAUAUUUAAACUUAAACAAUGACAAUGUGUAUAAUCGCUAUAGUGACAUUAACUUGUAUUUGACAACAUCGAUGCCUUACUUGAAGCUAAUCUGCAUAUCACAAAGGGUCUACUACUGUUCUGAAUGAAAGAAAUGCUUUUUGUUUCAGCCUACUGUACAGUGCAGUGCUGUAUUGCCUGAUGUUUUUAUUGUGGUCAUCAUGUUCUCUGUAUUUUGAUUUGUCUUUUGUUUUUCUCUAGUGCCAACUUGUGUUGUAAUACUCCUCGUUACAUGCUGCACUAUAUGAACAAACCGAAUGUAAUUUGGUUAAACAACUUGAACUGUAAUAUGCUGAUUGUCAUCUUGACUGUCAUUAUAAAUGUUAAUGUCAAAUUAACUGAACUUAACUCGAACACCUCAAGCAUUUUGUAAACCAACUGUGCAAAUGUAUUUUUUAAUGCUGCAGAUUCAGUAGUCACGAUUAAAAAUAAUAACAAAAUGGUGGA